AAUGCUAAUAUCUAGGCUCGUUUAACACAUGUUUCCUACCGUGUAUGGUCUCAUGUACACACUCUGCAUCAGUUGGAUAUAUAUAGAACAAUACAGAGACAGUUUUUAGUAUCUUUGCUUUAGAUUCAGAAAUAGUGUCAUUGGGAAUUGAAGAAGAAUGGUCAACAUUUGCCUCAAUUCUUGAGAUAGGAGGAUAUCUGACAUGUUGUGUUGUUUAUUGGAUUGUAGAUAAAUGAUCAAAUAAAAUCCAAAGCUGAAGCAUGUAUGAUCCUCGUGCUAAUGAUUACUACACUUCCUGCAAUAUGAUGAUUACAUCCUAUUCUCGCAAUACGUCAUCCAUUAAAAUAAUGCGAGGUUGUAGCGUAAUAACAAACUUUGCGAGGGCUCAUGAAACGCCCACGGUGCCAGGCCUCCUGUUUAUGAACCCAGAGAUAUGUGCAGAACUCUACAGCAAGGGUGCGCCAGCUGUGGAAAAUUUACCAGAACUUAUCACAGAUGCUGCACAAAGUCUUGCCCAGGAAAAAAAUCGGAAUAAUUUAACGUAUUCAAAGGAUGUCACAGACUUGAUUAUUGGACCAGAACUGGUCCCUGAGACAAAAAUUUCCAGUGUCAUCUCGCAAGAAAAAAAUGUUUCACAAACAAUAGUCUCACUAGAGGGUAGUGAUGAAAUAAUUGAGAAUGAGUCUUGUUUACCGAAAGUUGAAGUAGAGGCCAGAGACGGUACAUCACAUAUUUUGAAAAGUGACAGUAUGAUAACUUGCAAAGCUGUACUUGAUAGUGAAACUCUUUUAGUUGAAACUAUCGAUACUGACAAAUUACUGAGCACGGAUGCAACAGACAUAGACCCUAAAAAAGGGUUGGAGAAAAUUGUAAUUGACGAAGAGAAAAGUGAAUCAGCAAAUCAAAAGGAAGUAUCUCAGUCAUCUUUGGAGCAUUCUGGAUCUGUUGAUCAUGAGACGGUGGUUAUUGAUGAUGAUUUGGAGAAAGUGUUUACUGAGGAAGAGAUGGUUAAGUUUAACGAAGAGGCUGAAGCUAAGCGUUAUCGAUACGGGACACAUGUCGCAAGCUUUUUGGCCAACAACACAGUUGCUAUCAUGAUGAUGCUGGACAACAAAAUGGUAACAGGUGCUUUCAGGCAGGGCCUUCCUGAUCGAAGUAACAAUAACGAAGAAGCAGCAAAAGAUUGUGAUAGCAACACAAGUGCAGUGCGAGAGCAAUUCCAGUAUGCAGAUCCUGGGGAAUCGGGUGAUGCAGAUCACAUGUUAAUGUCUAAUACGCAAGGCUACCUUAAAGGAAAGAAGCCUCCAGAUGCAAGAUCAAAAUCGUUCAGUAAUUCUGUUUCUGAAGUCUUCACCGAGGCUUUUGCAAAGAUUGAGGAAAUGGGCCAAGAAGCGAGAAAUAAACAGUUUCACAAACACUUCCCAAACAUUCCUGCUGAUGAGAUUGUUAUUAAUUCAUAUUCUUGUGCCUACGUCAAAGACAUAUUACUUCAAGGUCGACUGUAUGUCUCCAAGAACUGGUUAUGCUUUCAUUCAAAUAUAUUCGGAUUUGAAACUCACGUUUCAGUCACCAUUGGUGAAGUCAAAGACUUGACACGAGAGCGAACUGCAUUGAUCGUGCCAAAUGCUAUUGGAAUUCAAACAGAAAAUGAAAAGUUUGUUUUUGGCUCCCUUUUGUCGAGAGCAGCCACAUAUAAAUUGAUUACACGAAUCUUACAGGAAUACAGGGAAGGAGAAGGUUUGGAAGGAGUACCCUCAGCCAGUAGAGAAUCCAGUGUAAUUGAUAGUGAACUUGAUACUCCCGAUAGUGAAACCAAUUUUGAAGGGAAGGAUGGAUGUUAUCCAAAAGAAGAGGAAGAGACGUCAUUUACUGUAGAAUCAAAUUCCAAUGCUAUCAAUACUACCAACGAAAGCCAAAGAAACCCAGCUAUUGGUGUACCCUCAAAAUCUUCCUUUGGACAUCGAAUGAAAGAAAUGAUUUGUGCAAUUAGUGUUUUUAAGUCAAUUUUGCGGACUGGCAGCUCCCUCCGGAAUGUACCCCACUCACAGUUGUUCCUUGUUGUCACUUAUCUCUUAAUUGUGCUCCUGUUUAUAUCAGGAUUGCUGCUUAGUUUUAAAGUUUGGAGGCUAAAUCCACCAUCUGACCAAAACAACCCUACACUAAAUGUCAAUGACCAAAAUCUCCAUGGUUUUCUGAGGAAUCAUGAAAAACACUCAAAAACUAUUCAGUCAAUACGACUUUUGUUGGAAGAACACCUAAAGUCGUUAGCAAAGAUACAAGACUCAUUGCAAUACCUCCACAAAACUGCAACCUCACAAUCAGAGACAGAAACUGCUGAAGCCAAAGUAAAACCUGAGUCAGAUGAGCUAUGACAGUUUUCUUCCCUGCCUAUCAUCCAUUUAAACACCUUGAUUUAAUAAAAACGCUUCCAUGUCUCUUCAGUCAAGACAAGCUCUACCAGUACCAGGGUAGAUGUUGGUUACCCAGUAGAUUUUAUGUGAUCGUCGAUUUUUGUUAUUUCUCAAUUACAAGAAACAUUUCCAAUUGAUCUUGUCUUUUGAUUCAAAGAACGAUUAGUCUGACAAUUCUACAUCAGUAUUGUCGCUUGCAUGAAACUAUAGCUGUAGUUACCACAACACUCGCAGGUUGGCGUUUAUUAGCGUAGUGAUGUAUCCAGGAAUGUUUUAUCGCUAAACAUGGACUUUUUUUUAAGCCAGUAUACCAUUUGAUACCUCAAGUGUGGACCACUAUAUUUUGAAUUAUUUUUCAAAGUGCUUUCAACUUAAGAUUAAUUUUUAAGGAACUUGAAACUUGUUCGAUGACAUGCAUGUCAUGGUUUGUACUUAAGACCCACCUUGUAAUAAGAUUGUUUUUUUAUUUAUUGUGAAAAGUAGUAAUUGGGCUUUCAAUACAGUAUACUGUGCAAAAAUGAAUACAAUAGAUUAGAUGCAUGCAUAUAAUACAUGCAUUUAUACACAAAAUGCAUACUUCUGUACAUUGCAUUCAUAUACAGGUCUCCCUCCAAUUAAAGACCACUUUUGUGACGGGGUUUUCAUUGUCUUGAGCAGCUUCGGUCUUAAAUUAGAAUAAUAAAAACAAAAGAUAUUUCUUGAUUUGGGACCACAAAAAAGUGGUCUUUCUUUAGAGGUGGUCUUUAAUUGGAGGGUCUUUCAUUAGAGGGAGACCUGUAUUACAUGCACAUAUACAAGAGUACAUAAAUGCUGCAUAUAAGGCAUCCAUACUAUGCAUUUAUAGUAUGUUGUCAGGGUCCGAAUUUUCUCAAAAUGCUCCAUCAGCAAAUAGUUGCUGUAGGCUAUGGCUUUACUAGAGCAAUUUAUUCUUCUUUUACAGCAACAAGCUUCGUAAAUUUGUUAAGAAUAGGCCUAUUCUAUAAAUGAAAUUGUGUAAUCCAUUGCUAGGCCUGGUGACUCAACAGCAAAAAGCUUGCUGUUGAGCCUGGGACUAACAACAACAGUGGAAGGCCAUUUGCUGUCGGUGCUCUGGGAAAUUCGAACCCUUGUUGUACAUCAAUACUCUACACCCAUACAGUGUAGGAUUCUAUCAUACAUUCAUAGUACUGUAUCUACCAGGCAUAGUCUGAUUGAAGGUACACCCUGUUACUGUCUGAAAGCAAUGACCCAUGAAAUACAUGACGGCUGUUCUGUUAACUGUUGCUGCCCCUCCAGUAGUUUACAUUAACCAAUGAAAGGAGACUCAAAGAAUAUAAUGUUUUUUUAUGUUGUCUAUAUGAGAUAGUCUUUUGAUCGUGAUCGAGUUGCUAUCUGUAUAGUGAUUCAGCAUGAUGAGCUGAUAAUGAUGGCUGAUGUACAAUAAAUCUGCUGUAGGUUCAGUGAUGUAAUAAAGAGAAUAGCCUGAGCAAAUAACCAGAGUAGUAUCAGGGAACAACCCUGGUAGUAUCAACAAAAUUAGGAGUGAUCCUGUACUCCAAAUAUUAAUGAAAUGGUGCCUUUAUUAUUCCAUAAAUCAGACAAUUUAAAGUGAUUUUCACUCAAAUGAAAUUUGAGCAUAUACAGAGCACUAGAGUAAGUAUUUUAUAAAUUAUAUCAAUAUAAUAAUAUAUAAAUGUGUAUAUAAAAUGAAAUCAUUGCUAGACUACCUAUUAAUGAAUUUCUCCAUAUAUUUGUAAGAAUACAUUGUUGCUUCUAAACUGUAAUUCUGAUAUAUUCUUUUUAUAAGUGUCUUUCAUACUUAUCACCUUAAACAUGUAUUAAAUUAUAUAUAUUAUUAACAGUAAUAUAUGUAUAUCAUAUGCAUUAAUGUUUAAUGCUUUUUUGUUUUAAGUUUAAUCCCAGUAAAGUUCUUCCUUCUUUGGCAUUCCUUGCUAUUCUUUUGGAAGCCUAGAUAUAGUACUCCCACAGAAUUCAUUUGAUGCUAUUUAAAAACAUAAAAUGUUUUGUAAUUUAAGCUAUCUUUAAUCAUUUUUGUCUAAGGAGUCAUCAAUAAAUGUUCUGCCAAUAAAAAUAUUAUUUUACUAGCACCAAUCAAGAUGGGUAACACCGGAGGGGAGGUGUUAAGGAGGGGGUUCUCUUUCCAUCAAGCUCUGGCAAUUAUUGUCACUGCUGUUAGUGGGGCAUAUUUAAUCAGUUUCCAGGUCUCUAUUUUGGAAUUAAUGAAUUUUGCAUUUUCAUUCUGGUCUAUUGUCUGUAAAUCUGGCUUCGGGUGAAUUAAAAAUGACACCCUGAUUUUUUUUUUCUUAUCCUAUUUUGUUGAUAAGUAUAGUUUAUAUUUUUUGGAUGAAAUAUUAAUACAUAAGUUUAAAACAUAAAAUUUGAUUUGAGAGUGUAUAUUCAUAUAAAGUAAUUUUUAUUUGUGAAUUAUUUUAUCAAUUAUGUGUAUAUAAUUGAUAGUUUUUCUUUAAAUAUGAUAUAUAUCUUAUUGAAUUAUUGCAAAUAUUCUUUCAAAAAUUUAUAGAUUAGAUACUUAAAAAUAUGAAUAUUAAAUUUUGCUGUGUGAUUUUUUUGUGUGAUGUAUGUUUUGGAUAAAUCAAAAGACAAGUCUUUAAGACUAAUAAUGCAUUCCACAUUUUGUGUAUAAUUUUGUCGAUUAUGAUAAAAUCUAACAAUUUCAUUGUAUACUCUUUGUAUUGAUUUGAUUGUUUCAUAUUUUAUGACUAAAUGGUCUUUUACUUUCUUUUAUUUUUAUACAUUCUUUACUUAUAAUGAUUUGAUAACUUCAUGUUUUGUUGGUUUAGUGUAAGUGCAAUUAAAGAUAUCGUGAAUCUAUUCAAAUUAAUGGUUGUUAAAUUAAUGAAAAAAUGUUAAUUAUACUACUGAGCCUGUAUUUUGCUUGAUUUUCAGUAAGGAAAUUAUACUGUUAAAAAAGAUAUUUUCUGAUUUAUUCACAAAAUGUUUCUAAAACCACAUCAGUUAUCUACAGUAACAAUUGUCAUUAGUAUCAUGUUACUUUAGUCAACAUGUUGAGAUUUUAAUGAAUAUAAAGUAACAAAUAUAGAUAUCAGGAAUGCAGGAAGAACUUGGAAACAGCAAGAAGAAUAAUGCAAUGAAUAUAUAUUAAUUUGAACAUAACAGAAGAUUAAUCUGAGAAAGAAAGAAAAAAAAUUCAACCUCCGCCGGAACUCUAUAGGGGAACCUUUCGCAUACAUACCAGUAGCGAACAUCCUGACAAUUUUACCAUGAAGGUGUUGGUGAAUCCAAGUGACAGUAAUGUCCCUUUCAUCUUUGAUUAAUAUUUAAUUUAAAAUCAAGAGCUUUUGACACUUGCUAAUAAGCUAAGUAAAUUCUAUGUAAAUUUUUAUCAUAUUCACCUCGAACAGUUUUAAAAUUGUGUAUAUUUACAGCAUAUUUUUAUGUCGUUAAUAUUGUGUAUAUAUAUAUAAAAUAAUGUAUUUAUAUAUAUUUUUGAAGCGUACAGUACAGGGGUAAGGCUUGGUGCCUUCCACCACAUGGUUGAAUUCAGGACUAUAUGCCUGUUACAUUGCUUGUGUCCAGGUGUGUAAAUUUAUAUAUGGUAAUUGUAGGAAGUUCUUAGAAUUGAAAUGAAAUUUCUCUGGUGUUAAAUUUGCUGCAUAACUCUCCAGAAAACAGAGAAGUGUGCGCAUAAAAUAGUUUAUAGUGAUUGGAACUUUAAUGAAAGACACUAUUAUAUAUGUGCCAAUGAUAUUAUAACUAUAUAUUAUUCAAAAAAUUCACCAUGGAGGCUCUAUAUCAUCUAAUUUCAUUAAUGAUAAUUAUGUCUUUAAGAUAUUUGAUAUUCAAUACUUGACCAAAGUUAAGUAAUAGAACCUUCAAUAUAAUUGAAGCUACAUGAAAUGAGGGUUUUAUUCGUAAAAAUUCUGACAAGGGGUGCAAGAUUCACCUUAACCCUACCCUGUUUGGAGCAAAUUGUUAGGAUAAGCACCGUUAAUGCCAGGAAAUGACACUCAUACACUGUAAGAAUGCUUUUAUAGUGCAGGGUUUCCCAACAAAAAAUUAUUGGCUUUUUAGAUGGUGGAGUCGUAGGAGGUGGGGUGGGGGUGUGUAGACUUCGCAGAUCAGUGUCUUAUGGCCCCUAGACCCUGUGCUGGCACCACAAAAAAUGUGCUUUUUGAGAAAUAAAUGAAAAUGGUGGCAAAAGAUUAUAAUAUAAUAAUUAAGGCUAAUUAUGAAAAUGGUGGCAAAAGAUUAUAAUAUAAUAAUUAAGGCUAAUUAUGAAAAUGGUCGCAAGAGAUUAUAUAUUAAUUAAGGCUAAUUUAUUAUGCAUAUCCAUAUAAUAUAUGCAGUUGGCUUUGCUACUACUUAUGUGAAACAUAUUAUCUGAUAUAUUAUAAUAUACAACAUAGGGUGUGUGUAUCAAAAGGCCUUGUUUAUUUAUAUUUAUACAUUAAUAAAUUGCAUAAUUUGCA